UGCCAUCCACUGCCCUUCUGUCGUUUGCUUGACUACAUUUCGGUCCUGAUCCUUUGCCUUAUCAGAAUCGACAGCAUUCAAAAAAGAACAAAUAGACUACGCCCCCUCCUUCUCCUUCUCUCACCGUCCUAUCAUCCCACCCGAUUUCGAAACCUCGAUGGGAGAAAACCCAAACCGCAGCCAGUCCACAUCACCACCCACAAUGAACGCAUCCGCCCAUAUCAAAUACCGAUCCAACCCCGCCGCAGUCCGUACUCGAGAUACCGACAUGGACGGCGUCGAAGCUGAAGUCUCACUAUUGUCCGUCCAAGAUAAUCAGGACGAGGUCAUGGCUGGUGCUGACGAUGACGAAGACGACGAAUCGGCAGUACCGGGUCUCUGCGAGGACAGCGGUAGCGAUCCCGAGAACGACGACUCUGAGGACGAAGGCCAUCGUCACCAAGACCAAGAUAUGUCAGAAGAGGUCCUCAAUGACGAGGAAACUAGCCAAACAGGCGCCGGAGAACAGCUGUACCAGUCCUCUUCCGCGGCAUCUUCUACGUCCUCCCUCGGCGCCGAACCAUCGAUCAUCUCUAUACCCGAGGCAACGUACUCUGCGGUACCGAUCUCAUCAGAAGUCCAUAUUAUCCCCCAUUCCAGCAAAGGUUUCAAGUGGAACGAAGACCUCUUCCUGAGGCCGAACCAGCGCCGCAAUUUGGGUGUCGACGACCUGUACAACUCAGACAGUUCCAGCGGCGGAAGUAGCAGCGGAAGCGGCAACCACAAUUCAAGCGUCGGUGUCCAUGAGAUCCGUCUAGACGAUGACGAGUCCCGACAGAUUCUUCCCUCGUAGAAUCUUAUGUUUGGAAUCGUUCAGUUAGUUUCUAAUAUGGCUGUUAUAAAAGAUUACAGCGGUGAGCAAUAAAGCGUAGAUUUAAAAACAACAAAAAAUAAAUGUCGCCUUUACUUACCCAGG